AUGUACGACUACGAUCACAAGUGCUGGCUUGAAAUGCGACAAAAGUAUGAAAAUCUUUUGAGGAAAGGCGGCGAGCUAUUGAAAUGCUUGGAGCAAGACAAACUGUCAGACGUGCUCGAGUCACCGAGACUCCAAAGCACAGAAGACGAGAAAAGGAAAUAUUACGAAAGCCUUACUCCAAAAAUCCUUCGCGAAGACUGGAUACUGGGACCAGGCGAAAAGUGGCUCCUGACUUUGCACGAAAUCGGUGAAUCUAAGGAGGAAGCUGAGCAGCUUGAAAGAGAACACAUACAGUUGUACGAGAAAGCACAGGAAAUUCUAGCUCAAGAAAAUGAAUUGGCCUUAUUUGCAGAUCGACUAAUAGACCUCGAUCAUCCUCUGAAAGCAGAGGUUAAGAAGAAACGUGAAUAUAUGGAUGAAAUAACUCGCAUAUUUACUAGUCGUGUGUCUAGGCAACGAGAAAUUGUCGCCAUGUCGGUGCAUUUUCACCACCUAGUAAACAAAUUGACAGCACAUCUGGACGAGGUGUUGGAAAAUCUCUGUUCAGAAGUGUCAAUGAAAGAUGUCGAAGAGUGCCAAGCCGCGCUGGAAACGCUCAACAUUAAAAACGAUGAAAUAAACAAAGCCAGCAUGAUCGUUACUGCCGAAGGUCAAAAUCUCCAACAGUAUCUUGGCCUGAAAGAAAGCAAUUCUCUAGGUCACGAGGUGACCCGCGACUAUUUUCCGGCCAUCAUCCAUGUCACGCAGACCGUGAACGCCCUUAAAGACCGAAAACAGCGGUGCAACGAUUUGGCCGAUGUCAGAAGGCUAAAGCUACAACAAAUGCUGCAGCUGUUCACAUGCGAAAACGACGUUGAGCAGGCUAUAAAAUGGAUUCGGGAGUUGGGCGAAACGGCGGUGACGCAACACUCGAACUUUGUGUAUACGUUGGAAAGCAUCGCCGCAGCCCGGAACGAAUACGAAAAGCUUGCAAAGACAGAACAGAGCACUUACGAAUACGGCUUUCAUCUGGUGCAGGUUUCGUUCCUUUUGAGACGAUUCUGCCGUUUGGACAUGACGAAAAACAAAGAAUUCCGAACGGACUUGGAAAAAUAUCACAACCUGUUCAAAAAAAUUCUUUAUGAAUGGAUGUCUUUCAUGGACCUCAGCUUCGCUUUCGCCAGCAACGUUAAAACGGUGAAUGCGUGUCUCGAAGACCUUUACCUCCAGAUGAAUGAUCUUCGAUCUUUGCCGGCGAACAGUGCUGAAAAAGUCAGAAGCUUGGAGGCAAUCAGAAAGUCGCUUGCCGCCGCUUCCGUGGACGUGGACAAGCUGCAUCACGUAGCCGACGAAAUGAUCAACUGCAUGAAGCAGCCGCUGUUGAUCAGUAAACCUGAGUCAUCCGCGGAUAUGUUAGCUAAGAGGGACGAAAGCAUGCGGACGGUCAAAGAUCGAAUGGUACAGAUAGAACGAAAGAAACGUGUCCUGGAAGGCUUCUUCAUUGACGGCCGUUAG